AUGUCCGAGAAAGAAAAAGCCAACCUCGAGUACUCAGAGUCCCCAGACUCGGAUAACUCUCUUUUACAAGACACCUUCGAUGACAUCGACCGCAAGAAGAUCACAAGAAAGAUCGAUCUUCGACUCCUCCCGAUCUUCACCGUGUUGUUCCUCCUAAGCUUCCUCGACAGAGGAAACAUUGGAAAUGCUAAGAUCGAGGGUUUGGCAGAGGAUUUGAACUUGGAGGGCAACCAGUACAACCUCUGUCUCACGAUUUUCUUCAUUUUUUACGCCACGAUGGAGGUGCCGCUGAACAUGAUCUUGAAACGGUCCAAGCCGAACAUUUUCGUGCCGCUUACCGUGGUUCUUUUUGCAACCGUCAUGACGCUUAUGGGCACAGUUCAGAACUACGCUCAGUUGAUGGCAACCAGGGCCCUUUUGGGCUUCUUUGAAGCGGCGCUUUUCCCCGGUAUCUCGUACAUGUUGUCGAUGUACUACCGCAAAAACGAGCUUCUUUUGCGCCAGGCCAUUUUCGUUUCUGCUGCUUCUGCUGCUGGUGCCUUUUCUGGACUUUUGGCGGCUGCUAUUUCCAAUAUGGACGGCGUGGGCGGCUACGAGGGCUGGAGAUGGAUCUUUAUUCUUGAAGGUUUGCUUACUUUUGUCUUUGGCGUCGCCUCGUUCUGGUGGUUCCCCAAAUACCCCAAGGAUGCGUCGUUUUUGACCGAAAGAGAACGAGAAUACGUGCUUUGGAACGUUCACCAUUCCACCAACCAGGAUAAACUCCACCCAGACGCUCCAAAAGGCGAGGACCAGUCCAGCGACAAAUCCUUCAUCUGGGCCGUUUUCAAGGAUAUCAACUGCUGGGCCCAGCUUUUUUCAUAUUUGGGUGUGGCUCUUCCCACAUACGGACUUUCGCUUUUCAUGCCCACCAUUGUCAAAAACCUCGGCUACACUUCGGUGAGAGCCCAGUUGAUGACGGUGCCGAUCUACAUUGUCAGCUCGGUGUGGAGUAUUCUCCAGGGCUACAUUUCCGACAAAUCUGGACUCAGAUCGCCGUUUUUGUCGCUUAACUACUUGUGCAUGAUCAUCGGGUUCAUUGUGUGCAUCUGCCUUGAUCCUAGAGUCAACCCAGACGGCAUUUACGCUGCAAUUUAUAUCAUCGGUUUGGGCAUGUACCCUGCCAUUCCGUUGUCGAUUGUGUGGAACGCUAACAAUCUUUCAGGUUCCUACAAAAGAGCCAUUGGAAUCGGUUUUCAAAUCGGUCUUGCCAACUACGGAGGUGCUUUUGUGUCCAACUUUUACCGUGAACAAGACGCCCCUCGUUACGUUCUAGGCCAUGCGUUGACCUUGGCGUUUGUUUGCCUUGGAGCUGCCGGUAUGGUUGUUGCAGUUCUCAGCUACAGCUAUGCCAACAAAAAGAGAAGAAUUGCCCUUGAAGCUGGAGAGUACGACAAUCACACCGAGGAGCAAAUUCUAAAAAUGGGCGACAAGAGCCCUUACUUUACCUACAGAUUGUAG